AUGAAUCUAAUUUUUAAAUAUUUUGUAUUCUUAGAGGUACUAGAAACAGUUGAUUUCAUAGAUCAAACAGAUGGAACAAUCAUAUUUAGAACAUGUAAAAAAGAGAAAGGCAAAGUCAUUCUUCAACUUGGAACGAAUGAUCCUGAGAGAGCAUUAAAAGUAGGAAAAUUAGUUGAAAAUGAUGUUGCAGGCAUUGAUAUUAAUAUGGGCUGCCCGAAAGAAUUCUCCAUAAAAGGUGGAAUGGGUGCAGCAUUAUUAGAUAAACCAGAUAAAGCAGUAGAAAUACUUGAAAAAUUGGUUAAUAACUUAAAGAUACCAGUUACAUGUAAAGUCAGAGUUUUAAAAGAUAAAAAUAAAACAAUAGAAUUAUGUCAAAGGCUAGAAAAAACAGGAAUUGCAGCGAUUGCAAUACAUGGAAGAACCAAAGAUGAGCGCCCACAACAUCCAAACAAAAACGAUAUAAUAAAAGCUGUUGCUGAAGUUUUAAAAAUCCCUGUUAUUGCAAAUGGAGGUUCUAAAGAAAUAGACAAUUAUAAUGAUAUUUUGAAAUUUAAAGAAGCGACUGGAUGUUCUAGUAUUAUGUUGGCUAGGGCAGCCGAAUGGAAUUGCUCUGUAUUUUCAAAUAAAGGAAAAGUCGAUAUUGAUACAAUAAUUAAGCAAUAUUUAAAAUAUGCUAUAGAUUAUGAUAACAGUCCUGCUAAUUCAAAAUAUUGCAUUCAAAAUAUUUUAAAAGAAUUACAAGAAACUCCUAGGGGGAAAAAAUUUUUAGAAGCUCAAACUAUGGAACAAAUUAGCGCAAUAUGGGAUUUGGAUUCAUAUUGUAGGGAAAAACAAAAAUUAUUAAGGGAAUUGGGUUUUAAAAGUCGUCGUGAUGUUGAGCCUUCAUUUAAUUGUGAGCCGAGGUUGAAAAAAGCUAAAUUAGAAGAAGACAAAGACGUUAUAAGAGUUUCCUGUGCGUUUCUCAGAAGUAUUUUUCCCUCAGACAACGACCUUCCAAAAACUAAACUUUUAACUUGGGCAAGACAUCGUAAUUUGGAACCACCGAAAUAUACAACGACUCAAGAAGAUAAAUUAUUUCAAUCUAUCGUCACAGUCAAUGGUAAAAAUUACGGAUCCAGUUAUUGGGAAAAAAACAAAAGGUGGGCCGAACAAAGUGCCGCAAUUGUCGGUCUCGUUAAUUUAGGACUUUUAGACGUUGAAAUGUUAAAACAAUCUGGAUGUAUUUUAUAA